GCAAAUGUCCUACUAAUUCCUCAGCAGCAAUAUGACCGUCAACACCUGGAAAUCAUUAGACGUUGCCGUGUUGGGAGGUGGUCUUGGAGGCUUAUCUGCCGCUCUUGCCAUGAGAAGACAAGGCCAUAAUGUCACAAUUUAUGAAAGAUACGACUAUGCCGGAGAAGUGGGGGCCUCGUUACUGUGUGCUUCCAAUGGGGGUAGAUGGUUACACGAUUGGGGUGUUGAUUUCAGUAAGGCUAAACCGGUUAUUUUGAAAAAACUCAUCAAGAGAAAGUGGGAAAACGGUGAAAUCAUUCUGGAAUAUCCCCUUGGAGACUAUGAGCAAAAGUAUGGUUUUCCAUACUAUAAUCUUCACAGAAUCGAUAUCCACCAGGUAUUAAAGGACUAUGCUACAUCUGAAGAAGGUGAGGGAAAACCUUGCGAGUUGCUCUUGAAUCACAAAGCCACCAAGGUCGACUACAACACUGGCUUUGUCGAGUUUGAAAAUGGAACAACCAUUACCGUUGAUUUAGUAAUUGCAGCUGAUGGGAUUCGGAGUCUCACCAAACCACAGUUGGGCAUAACUCCUGUUUUUAAGAGCUCCGACUCAGGAUGUAUUCGUGUUUUGUUUGACACCAAGAAGGUCAAAGAGUUGGGAUUGACUGACUACUCUAAUAACGAAGCCAUUGAGUACUGGGGAGAAACUAAGUUUAAGAUAGUGCUUUCCCCAUGCGCCAAUAACGAGGUGAUUUCGUGCUACUGUUUUUUUGCAGCCGGUGAGGGUGAUGAGAAAAACGACUGGAACAACGACGUUUCGUUGGAGAAGCUCAUAUCAUCCUGCGAAGGAUUGGACCCGGUGUUGGUGGAGCUAUUCACCAAAUGUGGAUACGAUAUCAAGCAGUGGAGAUUGUAUGUUCACGAGCCGAUACCAUAUUUCUAUAAAGCCAGUGAAACAGGUACCAAAGGAGUGGCUUUACUCGGAGAUGCUGCCCAUGCUAUGAUGCCAGACCAGUCUCAGGGAGCAGUUGCUGCAUUUGAAGACUCGGGUGCUUUGGGAUACAUAUUUUCCAAGAAAUUCAACUUGUCUAUUGCGGAGGGAUUGAAGAUAUAUGAGUUGGAAAGAAAGGAAAGAGUAACCAAGAUUCAAGCAGCCUCGUUAAGAGCCAGAGAGAACUUGAACGAGAGAAUCGGAUGGAGUUCCGACAACAUCAAGCACGAGCAGAAGUUGACGAUAGACGAAGUUUGUGGGUAUGAUAUGAAAGCCCAUAUAGAUGAGUUGAUCGCUGCGAAUAUUUGAUUCAUAUAAAUAUAAACUAUUUUAGAACAUCACUAAACCAGGAUACUGGAAGUACCGAAUCUUUGCCCAGUUAACUGAAUGGUUCUCUUGGUUGUCACUCUCCCACACUCGAAGAAUCAAUUUUUCAAACUCUCCAAGAUAGUUGAACUUCAAUCUCUCCUUAAUUUUCCUUAUCCGAGACAUUAUAUAUGUUCUAUCAUCGGUUUUAUAUGCCACCGACCCAGCCAUAAUCAAUGGGAACAUUAGCCCCGUCUCCAAGUCACUGUUGGUGCUAAUCUGCUUUGUAGAGCUCAAAAUCAAGUCGAGGCAUGCCUCUACUCGAGGAUCUUUUCUAUUGUAUCCAUUACGAAUCUGAUGCAACCGCAAGAACGCAGACCACUGUAGGGCCACCGUAAACUUGGAAAGCAUGA